CCCACAUCAGACAUUUGUUCUGUGCAACGGCAAACACACUGUGCAAAAGAUAAUUUCGCACACAGGUGGGAGAAAUUCACAGCAGGCGAGUAAAAGAGGACCUUAAAAGCUAAUAGAAGGGGAUUGGAUCACAGUGAAGAUUUAAGAGGUGCUUGUAUUCAGCAGGAGAUCCUCCAGCUGGGAACUAAAGGAUAAGAAGCGAGCAAGGCGAGGAGUAAAAAGGACACAGAGCGAAGGAUACUGCUCUUUUAUUGGAUUGAGUUCUCUUGGAUUUCUCACUUCCCUCCUCCUGGGCUGACAGCAUAGGGAGGAGGCAGAGCCGCAGCCGCCGCAGGGAUGAAGUACAACUACCAUGUGCCGGUGUCGACGUACACACGCACCUCACAGUACACACCGACAUACCACACACCCUCCUACUACACCCCCUCACAUUACACACCAUCUACACCGAACUACACAUCCUCAUACACCUCCCCGACAAAGUACAGCACGACACAGUACAGCACGACACACUACGCCCCGUCACCCUACACGUCCACUUACAAGUCUGCAUCGACGUACGUCCCCUCAUCCAGCAAAGGGUCACGGUACAGUUCAAGCCGGAGCACAAAAGCGCAAGAGGACCCUGCACCUGUCAUACCUGUCACACCUGUCGCACCUGCAAAGAGAACUGUGCACUUCCCCAAUGACAUCAUCUUCCAGGAUAUUGUGAGACGAGGAGAUUUGGAGCAGAUCGGUCGGUUCAUGAGAGCGAGGAAGGUUCGUGUCGAUACGAUCUUCCACUCAGGUAUGGCAGCGCUACAUGAAGCCGUGCUAACAGGAAACAUGGAGGUGGUGAAGCUGCUGGUGAAAUACGGCGCUGAUGUUCAUCAGAGAGACGAAGAUGGCUGGACGCCGCUUCACAUGGCCUGCAGUGACGGCUACCCGGAAAUUGCCAGGUAUCUGCUGGCGAUGGGAGCGAGCACAGAGGCGGAGAAUGAAAACGGUGAGAAGCCUGCAGACCUCAUCGACCCAGACUGCAAAGACCUGCUCAAACUGUUCGAGGUGGGCUGUGUGUGACCGGGCACCAAAUGGACCCACAGAGAGAAGAGCAACAGACAAGAUGGAGGGCGGAGCAGCCACUUGGAAACAACAUAUUUAACAGUAUUUAACACCAAACAAACUUGUGACAGGGUGGAAGAACAUGGCCAGAGUUAGGGCUGUUUCACUGGUCCUGUGAAGCAAGAUGGUGGUUCUAUAUACUUUUUUUUUUAUAACAGCCUUAAAGCAAUACUCCAUGAGGCUGUAUUUUUUCUUUCUGGUGGUUAUUUUAUUACUUUAUUUGUGCACUUGUGUAUUUGUCAUACUGCCAGUGUGUAUGCAGCAAAUGUUAAACUGCACAUAUCUCCUCUGUCCUCACUCUCAGCUUAUGUAAUACAACACCAGCAAUGUGUCACUAUGGUCCAAUGGAGAAAAUCAGAUUCAUCUAUAACAUCACUUUGAUUGAAGUAUUCAAUCAGCAAUCACUUUCUAAGUAGCUGUAUGUUUCCAAACUCUGAUUAUACUGCAGAUUGAAUUUACAACACAGAAUCUGGGCCGAGAUGUUUGUGUUUUAUAGACAGAGGUGUGUAUCCUCACUGCUGGGCAGAAAGAGGAUCAGCCAAAUGAAUAAUUAAUCCUUCAUUGAUGGUCAGAAAUCAUAAAACAUUAAGUUCAUGCUGUACAAGCACUUUUACUGCUGCAGUGUUUUUCGCAUAUGUGUUGCUGUUGUUUUCUGUGGUAGAAUUAUGAAUGUCAGCAAUGAAAGUCUUAUAAUUCUCUCCUCAAUAAUUAUUUUUGUACGUUUUCAUAAAUAAAGAAACCUUUUAUAAAUAUGCCUUUGUUGCUUUUGUGUAGUCUGUGUAAGAGACAUGCAAGUGUGUCACAAGAACUGGAGAGAAGACACCGGCAUUUUCAUCACCAUCAUUUCAGGCUGGAGCUUUUUGACCUUGUAUGCGUAAAACAUUUUUAAUAUGGCACAGCAGGGAUAUUCAACUUGCUUUGCCUGGAGGGCACUUCUGUACAAUGAAAAAUAAUUAAAAAGAAAAAAAAAACUAAUAAAAAAACAGGUAAAAUGAAUAAACAAAAAUAAUUAGAUAAGUAAAUGAGAAAUACAAUAAUAAUAAGAAAAAAUUGAAACAAAGGGCAAAAAAUAAAAAUAAAGGCAAAUCCAUCUGUCCAUUUUUCACUACACUGCCUGUCUUUUUAUGCACUCUGGCGCCCUAUUUACAAUCAAAGUGCCAAAAAAAAAAAAAUUCCCAUUGUGAGUCAGUUUAUUGUAACUGUGAAUUAAAAAAUUGUUGGCGGGCCACCGGACACCCUGUUUUGGGCCAGAUGGCGCCCACAAGCCAUAAAUUAAGUAUCACUGUGGUGCAGGAUUAUCUGGGAUGUGCAUGUCCUCAACUUAAGUCAGGUUUUGCUGCUGCUGCUGCUUUCAGAAUCAGAAGUUGUUCAUUGAUCCCAGAGGGGUAUGUAAAAAUAAAAUAAAAUAGAAUUAAAUUAAAUUAAAUUAAA